CCCAUGUGGUUCUGGGACGAUCUGUGUAUGAAAAGAAUUGGAACCACUGCCUUACCCUUGCAUGAUCGUAAGAGGCGACUAAUAGGGUCUUAACACUUGGUUUUGCUGUAACUCUGUGAUUCCAGCAGGUAUGCAAAUUUUGAUUCCAUACCUCGUGUUUUUAUUUCGAUGUAAAUGAGAUGUGGAACCAAAAUUUGUAGUCCUCUUUGGCGCCAUAUAACCUAUACUGUGUUGGUGCGCCGUAAAACCCAAAUAAAAAAAAGUGACAUAUAUCCAUGUUUUUCAAGUUUUACAUUUUUGUAUAGGCAGCAGGGUAUAUAUAAGGUCAUUCAAAAGUGCUCGAGUUUAUCAAAUGUAUUAAGUUCAAUAGAUGGAAACAAUAAUAUUAAGAGGAAACACAAAAUAAAACCGUGUUCCUUAAAUAAAAGAAGUAUAUUGUUGCUGUUUAUUGGGCUAAUUUGGCUUUCCUUUGGAUAUCAUCUCUGUGUAAAUUUUGUUUGUGUCUUAUCAGUACUAAUUAAUGCCAUGCCCAUUAUCACUUUUCAUUUCAGAAUAUAUUUAAUUUUAUAUGUAUUUACUGCGCGGGUUAUAUGAACAUACAGACCCAAGAAAAACAAAGAAGUGGGUAAAUCUUGGAGAUAUAUUUUAAAACACACCGCUUAAAGUAAAGUCGUUGAUGUCGUUAGAUUUGACCUACUUUGUAAUCAUUUAGUUAAACGUGUCACUUGAGUCAAUACCAGUUAAUCAUAACGUAAACAUUUAUUUACUGGACCGAUAUAUGUGUUCAUCCAUAUCGCUUAUAAAUAAUAAACAUGUCUGCUCAACUACGCACGCGGGUACGUACGUGAACACUAUAUAUAGUAACUACAUUAUGCAAUUGUUUCUAUAUAUAAAUAUUAAUCACAUGACAAAUCACAUGAUAAGUUUUGUCUAUAUUUAGACGUAAGUAUUCUGCAUCUCUAGAACGUUCUGGAUUUAACAGAAUACACAUAUAUAUUCAUAGACAAAUCGACUAAAAUUGACAUAGAAUGAUUAUGAUUGUUAUAAAAAUCUGAAACAGGCACAUUUGUAAAUUAAUUUUACCUGAAUCUCUGCAAAAAUAUUUGCUAAACGUUAAAAUUAAGCCUAACUGUUUAUCGUUUAUAUGUUAUCAAGGUUAUGUCAUUUUCUAAUUUAAGACUGAUUUCCAAACAUGUCGUAAUAAAAAUUAGUGUUUAGUAUUUAGUAAAAAAUAUUAUUACAAGGUUUAUGUCGAACGUGUUUCGAAUUACAUGAAAUGUCAGAGGUUGUUAAAUUAGAUUCACAACAGGCACCACUCCCGCCUCCUAUUGCAGUUGGUAUCAACGUAGAAAAGCCAAAUGUCUAUUCUAAACCUCUUGAAUCUUUCGAAGCUUGAAGGACUGGUAUAUACAGGUGUCGGUGAUAGCGUAAGAUGUUAUUUCUGUGGAGGUGGAUUGAGAAAUUGGGAGCGUGGCGAUGCUCCUAUGGAAGAACAUGCGAGAUGGUACCCAAAAUGUCCACAUACUCUACUGGUCAAAGGACAAACUUAUAUAGAAAAACUCAGCCAGCAAGGCGACAAACCGGAAGUAGAUGGGAAUACUAGCAGUGGGCACAAUGACUCGUCUACAGCUACAGAUAUCAUAAACAGUGCAGCAGCUCAAAAUUGUAUACAGAUGGGCUACAAAGACAAUAUGGUUCAAAAAGCUAUCGACAUUUACACCAAAACAUAUGGUUUAUGUCGAAAGCGUUUCGAAAGUAACAUAAAAUGUCAGAGGACGUUAAAUUAGAUUCACAACAAGUAUCACGUCCGCCUCCUAUUGCACUUGGUAUCAACGUAGAAAAGCCCAAGUUUCCCCAGUAUGCUGUCUAUUCUAAACGUCUUGAAUCGUUCGAAGCUUGGCAAGAAUACAUUCCAGUUGAGAAGCUUGACCUAGUAGAAGCUGGUCUUGUUUAUACAGGUGUCGGUGACAGUGUGAGAUGUUACUUCUGUGGAGGUGGAUUGAGAAAUUGGGAGCGUGGCGAUGUUCCUAUGGAAGAACAUGCAAAAUGGUACCCAAAAUGUCCUCACAUUCUACUGGUCAAAGGCCAAGCUUACGUAGAAAAACUCAGCCGAGGCGAGAAACCGGAAGUUGACGGAGUAACGUGUUUACAGAGACUCCAAGACAAAUCUACAACAGCAAACCUAAUAGAUAGUAUGGCAGCUCAAAGUUGUAUUCAGAUAGGUUACACAGAUAAAAUGGUCCAAAAAGCGAUCAACAUACACACCAACAAAUAUGGAAAUAGUGAUUUCAAAGGCAAAGAAUUAUGUGAAAUCAUUUUCGAAUUAGAAGAAAACCCAGACGCUUCAUUUACUGAAACUGGACGAGAUGACAAGAACCAAAUUGCACAACUGGAAAGUAAUGCGACAAACGAAGAUAUAGAACCACUUGAGACAUUGCUUGAAGAGAAUCAAAAACUGAAGGAGAACCAGAUGUGUAAAAUAUGUCUCGACAGCAGAGCAGAUAUAAUAUUUCUGCCAUGUGGUCACAUGGUCAGCUGUCCUCAAUGUGCUCCUGCUCUAACAAAGUGCCCAGUAUGCAGAAAAACAGUGAAUGGACAUAUUAAAGCCGUCUUUGCUAUGACAAAUAUCAGCUGACAAGUGUAACUGUAAAUCACUACAGACUGCACGUGCGAAUGGGAAAGUUAGAUUUCAAAGCUGGCCGUCAUGUGUACAACAGAGGUGUUCCGUGAUUGGUUCGCAGUAGUCCAACUCGUAGGACUAGAUUUACUCCAUCUUCCCCACCAAAGAUGUCAGAUAUAUACACCGUUAUCCUUUGUUUUAUGUAAUGUUUUUUUCAUGUUUACGUAUAUUGAAUGCAUGUAUAUAGCAUUAUACAACAAAAAUAUAUGAAGAAGGAUAAAAUAAUAACAGCAACGUUUCCAGGACGCAACAUCGCAAAUUAAACCUUAACAAAGACUUAAUCACACAAACGUUCUGAUGCUGAAUCUGCCUGUAAUGUUACGUAUGUCACAGAUUUAGACUUAUUUCAUAUUUGUGAAGAAAAGUGUCACAGUAGGUCAGUCGGUAAAUCCUUGAAACGGUUUUCCAAUGUCAUGGAUUCAGUUUCUGCUUUCGCUACUGCACGUUUUUCACACCAUGUUACAUCAGGUAACAAACCUUAGGACGUCACAAUGUUACGGCACUUGUGAUUUAUAGCACCUUCAGAAAUUCGAGCAUGUAAUUCCAAAUUAUUGGAGAAAUAUAUAAUGGUUUUGCCGAGAAUCUGUGUAAGCGGCCUGGUAGUUAUGUGUUUUGAUACCAUUGGUUCUGCUCUCAGUUUGACUAGCAAUAUUCGUAUUACACUGUGAUAUUUGGCAACCAAGGAGGUGCCGUGACUAAUUUUGACGCUCGUAAUUUAUCAGUAGAUUUAUCCAUAGGGACGAGAGAACGUUUUAAAAUUUUGAGGGAUAAUGUUCAAGGUUGUUUGAACUGCUUUACUGUUCAGAAGUAAAAUGGUAUGCGACCAAGCAGGAUAGUCGAUAUAGUCUUGUUUGUUGGGUCUCGAGGUUCAUAUACUUUUCUCUACAGUAUUUUAAUUACGAAACUGCGGUCAGUUUAAAAUAUAAUGAUACUAGUAUUGACUUGUUCACAGCAAUAAACAUCUACUUUACAUGAAAUGCAAGAAGAGAACGGAUGAUCUCCAUGAAAAAAGAUCCCAAAGUGAAUGGCACCUACUACUUUCAUUUCAUAGUCUUUUUUCAUUUUAUUGUCUUGUGCAUUUUGUAACUAAGCUAAUUGCUAUCUUCAUCAAAACAGUUGUAAAUAUGACAUAAAUUAAAUACACAAUUCAUUCA